ACUCUGAAGAACUGAGCCCGUCUGGAAGUGCUAAAAAUACUGUUCCCCCUCUAGCAAUUGAAAUUUUUGAGCAGAGACUUAGGGAAGCGGCAGGUAGGGAGAUUGAAUUAGAAUUCACCUCUCUCUGCUGUAAUAAGCUUGUUAUCAGGGCUGGCAAGAGCUCAGGGGGCGGACAGGGUCAGGUGGGGACUCGAGUGUCAGGAGGCUAGUUAAAAAGGAGCAGAAGAAAGAGAGGGCUUAGCUCCAGCAUCUAGCACCAGAGAGCAGAGCCUGUGUGGACAAUGGCUGCAAAAUCAGAAUUGGUUCUAGAAGCAGUUUCCUUGUCUGGUCAGGAGCAUGAGCUCAGCAGACGCCAUGAGCGCCGUGGCAGGGGACCGAGCCCGUGCUUGACACAUGUGUUUCCCAUUGAUGACUGGAGACAGCCCGGUAGCUGGGAGUCGGCCUGACAAAGCCGUAUUGAAGUGUGCAGAGUAUGGUUUCAAGGCAGGCAGAAACAGAACGGGAAUGCUGUUCAGGAAAUUCUUGAGGCAUGGGCAGGGACUUGGCUGCAGUUCUGCAGUUGGAAAAUCUGACUGGGGCAGCUUCUGAGCACGGGCUGGGCCUGCUCGCACUGUCAGCGGGCCGAGUGGCCGCCGCCUUCAGAGUGUCUCAGCACACCCAGGGAUCAGGGGCGAUUGUCGUCCGCCGAGCCGUGAAACAGACAAGAGAGAUGCCUCAGGACCAGUACGCACACCACCGGAGCACCAUGCCCGGCUCCGAGGGGCCUCAAGUAUACAAAGUGGGGAUUUACGGCUGGCGGAAAAGAUGCUUGUAUUUCUUUGUCCUGCUCCUCAUGAUUUUAAUACUGGUGAACUUGGCCAUGACCAUCUGGAUCCUCAAAGUCAUGAACUUCACAAUUGAUGGAAUGGGAAACUUGAGGAUCACAGAAAAAGGUCUCAGGCUAGAAGGAGACUCAGAAUUCUUACAACCUCUCUACGCCAAAGAAAUCCGGUCCCGACCAGGUAAUGCCCUGUACUUCAAAUCUGCCAGAAAUGUUACAGUGAACAUUCUCAAUGACCAGACUAAAGUGCUAACUCAGCUAAUAACAGGUCCAAAAGCAGUAGAGGCUUAUGGCAAAAAGUUUGAGGUAAAAACCGUUUCUGGAAAAUUGCUCUUCUCUGCAGAUGACAAUGAAGUAGUCGUAGGCGCUGAAAGAUUAAGAGUCUUAGGAGCAGAAGGCACAGUGUUCCCUAAAUCCAUAGAAACACCUAAUGUCAGGGCAGACCCCUUCAAGGAACUAAGGUUGGAGUCUCCGACCCGUUCCCUGGUGAUGGAGGCCCCAAAAGGAGUAGAAAUCAAUGCCGAGGCUGGCAACAUGGAAGCCACCUGCAGAACAGAGCUGAGACUGGAGUCAAAAGAUGGAGAGAUUAAGUUAGAUGCUGCGAAAAUCAAACUACCUAGACUGCCUCACGGAUCCUACACGCCUACGGGAACGAGGCAGAAAGUCUUCGAGAUCUGCGUUUGCGCCAACGGGAGAUUAUUCCUGUCCCAGGCAGGAACCGGGUCCACUUGUCAGAUAAACACAAGCGUCUGCCUUUGAGAGACUAUCCAUAGUGGACAAUUGUCGGCAGCAUAAAGGCCUUUUUUUGGCUUUAGACACUGACUGCCAGCUAUUUUUACUAGAACACAGAAAGCCUAUCAAAGACCUUUUGCGCGUGUGUGUGUUUGUGUGUGUGUAUGUAUGCUUGAGUGUGUUUGCUGUGUGGGUGGAUAUAAAUAUAUAUAAAUAUAUAUAAAUAAAUAUAUAUAUAUCCUCUGUAUAAAAUGAGGUUUCAGUACAAAAGGAACCACGGGUGACCCUGUGAUACUCACUGUCAUUUUUCCAUCCCAUCCCUUCCACUGAAGUGACAAACGUCUUAACACUAAUUCAGUCCCAACAUUGCCCAGUCUAUUCAGGAUCACACAGCGCGUUUUGGACACUGACAGGACUUUCAUGCACGUGUUCGAGGAGUGGUGUGACUCCCCUCUUCUCCUUUCGUGUUAGGAGGGAGUGAUGGCGGGAAUCUCCAAGUCCCACUGAACCCUGAGACCCUUGUUUCAAAAACAGACAUUUGGUUUCCUUGUUUAGCUUUCAUAUAGCUGGCCAACUUCCCCCUCUUCAAGUGAGGGAAGGGGCGAUUUCAUAGAAGUCAGCUGUAGGAACUCAACAGGGCUGCCCUGUCUUUGCAGCCAAAUGCAUCCGGGCUUUUGUGGUCGCAGGAGGAGGAAUUCCAGUGAAUUUGGGACUGCUCACCUGAUUUCUGCUAUAUCUCACAUGUUCUCCCACAUGUCGAAUUAGGAGCUGUAAAUCAGCACAAAAUAAGAUAACAGCUGCUGCUCGGUGGCUGGAAGCUACUCAAUGGCUUGACAGGCAAAGAACAAAUGGGUAAUAUGUCUCUGUUUAAAGGAAAAACAGCUCAAACGCUGUGAUGUUCUCACUUCUGACUUUAUCCAACAGAUCCCAAGCCAAAACGAUCAGGUCAAUCAAAAAUCCCUAAGAGCGGAAGUCUUCCCCCAAGAAAAGCCAUUCUGAGAUGGAAGUCAAAUUAAGAACAUCAUAAAGAACCUGUUUUUCCCAUGCUUCUUGGCAUUGAUAGGUAAUGUAGAGACAUGCCUUUUAUUUUUUUUUAAAGGCAUGCACAAACUCUCCAGCUUUGAUCGUAUUGUGCAUUUUAUCAGUGCUGAGGUAUUCAUAUUCCUAAAUCCACUAUUACGUUCUCUCCAAGAACUACCGAUCUAAAGUACUGCAUGCUGCCAGAACCGCUCACCGAAAGUUAAGGUAGACUGAGUCAAGUGUCUUUAUCAGAAUCGCUGCGUGCCCUGGGGCCCAGCAGUGCCCGCUGCCCCAGAUGGGAAGCAGGACUCUAAUUCCCGCCAUCAGCUACCUCUCAUCGCCCCACCUUCAUCAUCACGCUCCAGGGUCACCGUGGCCAGCUCUUGUGCUGGGACAGGGAAUUACAACAUCUCUGUUCAAAGAGGGAGAAAUGUGCCUAUGCCUUAAGUCAAUGCACUCAGCAAGGAGAAGCACAUCUUUAUUUAUCUUGUCGUUACCUGUAGUUUAUUUCGAGUGAUUGGAGGGGUUGCUUUCGUCAUGACUGGGCAUCUUAAAAGCUGAUCCCCAAACCUCGUGGCUGACAGAUGUGGACUCUAAGGAGCCCAGAAUGCAGAUGUUGCUGGCUUAGAUAGUCCUAGGGGAUGCCAUUUGGAGAGCAGUGGCCCCACAAUCCUAAAUGAAGCAGUAUUUGUAGGCCUGAGUGGUGUUUGUUGCGUUUUUUUUGUGUGUGUUGUUUUCCUCCCUAAGUGAGAUUCUAAUGUUUCUUACUUCACAAGCAGGGAAAGGUUUUUCAUAGGAAAUGAAUGAGAGAUUUGAUGUUUGUUUGAGAUGACAGUCAAGCGUCAGGCUGAGGCUUGCCCACGUGGGAGGUAUGAGCAAGCUAUGUGUGGCUUGGCCACUUAGAAGUGGGGGAUGGGCAGGCCUCUCCUGGCCAAUGAUGCUACUUGGCUUCCAGACCCCAGGCUCACUCCAGGCAGUCUCACUUGGCAUCCCAUGCAGAAGAAUGGGCUGGCCCGUCUUAGGGCAAGACCUUUCAAUUGGUUGGUUUACAGCCCUAGGGUCUAAAACUGAAAACCAUAAAAGACAUCAGAUUACUCUGGACUGGUAUUAUUAACAUCCUAGAGGGCCAUGCUGCCAGAAUCUGCAUGUCACCAUGCACAGGGUUUUUCCAAGCCAGGAAAGGCCCUCCUUGGCUACGAGGAGGGCCCACCCCAUAUCAUUUAGAUAAAUAAUAAUAGCUAUAAGGUCUUCUGUGACUACCUUAAGACAGGUUUGGUUUCUUUCUUUUAAAUAGACGGAAUACCUUUGCAUUUUGCCAUCUCGAGUACACAAUCUAUGGAUGACAAGAAAGCAAAAAGUUCCCAGAACCUCUUUCCACUCGUUUUGUUCUAUUAUCCCUUGAAAGACUUUGAUCAGUAUCUUGGAAGUUUUAUGCCAAUAAAAAAGACUGGUUUGAGUCCACAUGCAAAAUUUAAUCCUAGAGGUAAUUAGAUCACAAACAGAAUAAAAAUAUCAAUAGUAAUAGCAACCAAGAAUAUAAAUUAAGGACCUACUAGAAACAGUCAUGAUAUAAAAUUCUGUUUUUCACUUCUAUAAGGUGACCACAAUAUAUAAGGUAAUAAGCAGGAAAUUUGGUAGAGGUUAAAUUAUAUAUUUCAGUUCAGACUUUAGACAUCAGUAAAAUGCAUUCUGAGUUCCUCAGUGUACAUCUUUUUCUCCCCAUACCUUCCAACUAGAAUAUUUGUUUGUGGUUAUGAGA